AUGGGCAAUGAAGCAGAUGUUCCAGCAAUCCCAGGGCCAGAAGCUGCUAAACAGCCUCUAAGGGGAGAGGUUGCAGCUCAAGUCCCCCUCAGGAUGGCCCGGAGUCCCGGAGGCAUAGAGUUCAGGAAUCCAAGAGGCCCAGAGUCCCGGAGUCCCAGAGUCCCAGAGUCUAGGAGGCCCGGAAUCCAGGAGGCCCAGAGUCCCGGAGUCCAAGAUUCCCGGAGUCCAGGAGGCCCGGAGUCCCAGAGUCCAGGAGGCCCGGAGACCCGGAGUCCAGGAGGCCCGGAGACCCGGAGUCCAGGAGGCCCGGAGGCCCGGAGUCCAGGAGGCCCAGAGUCCCAGAGUCCAGGAGGCCCGGAGACCCGGAGUCCAGGAGGCCCGGAGAUCCGGAGUCCAGGAGUCCAGGAGGCCCGGAGUCCAGGAGGCCCAGAGUCCCGGAGUCCAGGAGGCCCUGAGUCCCGGAGGCCCGUCCAGGAGUCACAGAGUCCAGGAGGCCCAGAGACCCAGAGUCCCGGAGUCCAGGAGGCCCGGAGUCCAGGAGGCCCGGAGUCUAGGAGUCCCCGAGUCCAGGAGUCCCCGAGUCCAGGAGUCCCAGAGUCCAGGAGGCCCGGAGUCCAGGAGGCCCGGAGUCCAAGAGGCUCAGAGUCCAGGAGGCCCAGAGUCCAGGAGGCCCAGAGUCCAGGAGACCCAGAGUCCUGGGGUCCUGGAGUCCCGGAAUCCAGGAGUCCCGGAGUCCCAGAGUCCAGGGGGUCCCAGAGUCAAGGAGGCCCGGAGUCCAGGAGACCAGGAGGCCCAGAGUCCAGGAGUCCCAGAAUCCAGGAGUCCCAGAGUCCAGGAGGCCCAGAGUCCAGGAGACCAGGAGGCCCAGAGUCCAGGAGUCCCAGAGUCCAGGAGUCCUAG